AUGUCAUACACACAAUUAGCACACCCCACGGUCAAGUACACAGGAUCGUGGUGUUCAAGAAAAAUGGCGUCCAAGCGAUGGUUGAGUUCGAUAGUGUGGAGUCGGCGACGCGUGCGAAAGAAGCGUUACACGGCUGCGACAUAUACUCCGGAUGCUGCACACUCAAAAUUGAAUUCGCCAAGCCCGAAAGACUGAACGUGUUCAAAAACGACCAAGACAGUUGGGAUUACACACUAUCUGAAGAUGUCCAGCCAGUGCAGAGGAGCGCGCCUCUGCUUCAGUCUCCUCAGUACACUGGUGGCCGUCCACAGCCUUACAAUGCAUCAAGCGCUCAUACGCAGCCUACAAGCAGAUCGUGCAGUGAAGAAACUUGCAGUCAGCACAGUCAACACACAUGCGAACAUUCACAGAAUGAUAUGGACUACGGAAGUGGCGGACCACCGCCUCCGGGUAUGAUGAAAGACAGACACGGCCCGCCACCACCACAUCACCCACGGGACGGGCGCGGCUACGGGCCGGAAGGUUAUGGGGGUGAAGGGUUCGUGCCGCCGCCACCCAUGCACCACCCACCGAUGCCGCCACAGAACCAGGGUGGGCCACCGCAACAGGGCGCUGUGAUGAUGGUGUACGGGCUGGACCCGCAGACAGCCAACGCAGAUCGACUUUUCAACUUAUGCUGUCUCUACGGUAACGUCGUAAGGAUAAAGUUUUUGAAGACCAAAGAGGGUACUGCUAUGGUGCAAAUGGGUGACCCCGUGUCCGUGGAGCGUUGCGUGCAGAACCUUAACAAUGUCACAGUUGGCGAUUACACACUCACAUUAGCUUUCUCGAAGCAAGCGUACCUCUCGGAGGUGAUGAACCCGUAUCCACUGCACGACAAGAGUCCCUCGUUCAAAGACUACGUCGGCAACAAGAACAACCGCUUCCUCACACCCGCCUCCAUACACAAGAACAGAAUACAGCCUCCUUCUAAGGUGGUGCAUUUCUUCAACACUCCCCCAGACGUAUCAGACGAGCAGCUGUUACAGGUGUUCCGAGACUACGGCGUAUCUCCGCCACACACAAUCUCCAAGUUUCCUCUCAAGAGCGAGAGAUCUUCAUCCGGCCUCAUGGAAUUCCAGAACAUUUCACAGUCAGUUAUGGCGAUAAUGGCGUGCAAUCAUGCGACCAUUCAACAUCCAGGUGCUAAAUUCCCCUUCGUCAUGAAGCUAUGCUUUUCAUCAUCACGACAGAUUGGACAAGGGAAAGGGCCACAGUCGUCCAAGAAUCAAAACCAGAAUCAAGAGAAUCAACGGCAAGGCCAGAACAACGGAAUCGCCGAACACGAAUAUUAG